AUGCGCAAUGCCAACCCCAUAUUAACACCCAUGGUUUUGGAAUGGGACGUCCAACAAGCUCAUAUACAGGAGAGCUGCAGAGACAGAGAGUGGAAGACGUGCACAUCCUCAGAUUUUCAUAAAGGGUAUUUUUAUCCUCCUGAGUUUUACCAUGUGGACAUUACAGCACUCAGAAUUCAUUGUGCUGCUGCCAUCAGCAGUUCCAUCAUCAGUGAAGAUGAAAAUCGUUGUGUGCAGGGCGAUUCCAGAGUGAUGGAGGAGCAGCUGAAGGAGCAGGAGCUUCUCGAGCAACAGAAGAGAGCUGCACAGCUGCUGGAGCACGAGAGGCAGCAGGAGCUGGUUAAGCUGCAGCAGGUGGGACCACCAGGCACCCGGGCCCCAGAAGCAGGACCUGCACCCAACCUGCUGCCCCCUAUUCCUCCACUCAGAGCCUUGAUAACCAGUGGCCCACCCCCUCCAGGCGUUUCCAUGGUACCGCAGAGCAGUCAGAGGCAGAGAGUACCACCUCCACCUGGAGAAGAUGCGAGAGAGGCGUGGCAGAGUGAUGAUGUGGGAGUCAGGCCGAAGAUCCCUCAGGCUCUGGAGAAGAUUCUGCAGCUGAAGGAGAUCCGACAGGAUCAGCUCACCGCCGCUCCUACCGAAGAGGAAGAUGACGACACGGCCGAUGUGGACAUGAACAGCUCUCGUCCGUACUCGGAUGAUGAAGAAGAAAGCACACUCUCUAAAAAAAGAGGUGACCGCAGACGCAGGAACCGGAAGAAGAAGAGGAGUCAGGAGAAGAAUGAUCAAGUGGAGGCGAGAAAGAACGAGGCUGAGAAGGACAAAGAGAAAGAUCACGCAGUGGAGAUCGAGUACGUCACCGAGGAGCCGGAGAGCUACGACCCCAACUACAUUUUCUUCAAGAGGAUCUUUGAAGCGUUUAAGUUGACCAAUGAGGUGAAGAAAGAGAAGGAGAAAGAGCCGGAGAAGACUGAGAGGCAGGAAAUCACCUCAUAUAAGAAGAAAUUUUUAGAGGAAAAGAAAGACAGUGACAAGGAAACCAAACAGGAUGUGCCGAAACUCUCCAAGAAGAAGCUGAGGAGGAUGAACAGGUUGACUGUAGCGGAGCUCAAACAGCUGGUGGCUCGUCCAGACGUGGUGGAGAUGCAUGAUGUGACUGCGCAGGAGCCCAAGCUGCUGGUGCACCUGAAGGCCACGAGGAACACUGUACCCGUACCACGCCACUGGUGCUUCAGGAGGAAGUACCUGCAGGGGAAGAGGGGUAUCGAGAAACCACCCUUCGAGCUGCCUGAGUUCAUCAAACGCACCGGGAUCCAGGAGAUGAGAGAAGCCCUGCAGGAGAAGGAGGAUGCAAAAACUAUGAAGACCAAAAUGCGAGAGAAAGUUCGCCCAAAGAUGGGAAAGAUUGACAUCGACUACCAGAAGCUCCAUGACGCCUUCUUCAAGUGGCAGAUCAAGCCGAAGCUCACCAUCCAUGGAGACCUGUACUACAAGGGGAAGGAGUUUGAGACGCGGCUGAAGGAGAAGAAACCUGGAGAUCUGUCUGAUGAGCUGAGGAUCGCUCUGGGCAUGCCCACUGGCCCUAACUCCCAUAAGGUUCCUCCUCCAUGGCUUAUUGCGAUGCAGAGAUACGGUCCUCCCCCGUCCUACCCCAAUCUCAAGAUUCCUGGCCUCAACGCCCCUAUUCCUGAGCAUCAUCUACAACCUGGGGAUGAGUGCCACUCAUGUCCACAAUGAAGCUUGGUCCACCAGACACUCUGCUGAUCUGCAACUGGCUCUCUGAGAUGGGAACAAAUGAGUGGUUGUCCCUUGUUCCUGAGAUCUCGUGGUGUCAGUAUGUGUUGUGAAGUAACUGCCUGUAAGCUGGCUCUAGCUGCAGAACGCUUCACGGUGCCACCUAUCCUGUCACAAG